UCACCAUAGUGUAGGGAUAGGAGGUAUACCUACCUAGUACCUAUACGUAUACGUCGUUUUUACAAAAUAAUAUUGUUCUCGUUCGCAAACGCCGAACAUGCAUGUGGUUUGGUAGCGUGGUUUGAUUUUGCUGAAAGUUGAUCGUUGACGCGAGAAAUAAAAAUGGAAAAUGCGGCUUUGAAAUUAUUCAAAAAAAGCGAUAGAGAGAAUAAAGGAUUUAUUGUGAAACGAGACAUGCAAAGAAUGAAAGACGAAAUCAUGUUGCCGCCAGAACAAUUGGAAAUCGUCUUCGAUACGUUAGACAAAAAAAAGAACGGAUACCUCACUUUGGACCAGUUUUUGAAAGGAUUCAGAGAAUAUUUGUUUAUUACGUCAACGGAUGAUAACAAUGCUCAUCAAUACUUGGAAGAAACUGAAAUAAAAAACGAUUUCAAUGAAGAGCUAAAUCAUACUUUGAAUCUUGUCAAAGAGACAAAUGUUUUAAAAACAAGCGCGGACGAAUUGGAAUACAUCACCGAACAAAUAAAAAAUGGCACAACUUGCGAUAUUUCACAUUGGGAAGUUUUUCUACGAGAUUUAAACCAUGAUUUGCAAACUUACAAAAACGCUAAUCAUAAAUUGGAGAAAUUGAUUAGGCAAAAAGAUUCGCAGCACCAAUUAUAUGUGAAGAAAAUUUUUGAAGAAAUUGAGCAGCAAAUGAAAGAUGAAAAGAGGAAAAAAGAGUGCUACGAGCAGACCCAAAAACGAAUCAAGGAAGAACUAAAACAACUGCGCGCUGAACUGUCAACGAAAGACGAAUUUUUGCAACAACUCAGUUACGAAUGUAAAGAAUUAAAACAACAGAUGAUCAAGUUGAAGAAAAAGGAAGAAGAAACUUCUCUUUUAAACAGCGAAUUGAUGAGUCAGCAAGUUUAUUACGAAAAUGAGCUCGAAGCUGAGCGAUUGAAACGCGAGCACAUCCAAAAUUUACUAGAUAACGCCAGAAGGAGAUUUUCAAUUGAAAAAAGUCAGUGCUUCAAAGAAGGAUUUGAUUUAGCAAGACGCGUCGUUCACGUACAGGAAGAAGGGUUGCUUCAACAAUAUCAAAUGCUGAAAGAUAUCCAACAUGUUCUCGAAGAUACCUGAUGACGAGGCAAAAUUAUGACUCAAGUUCCAGAUGGUUCAGUGUUCAGCUCAUGAACAAGAUAUUUAAAAUUGAAUUUCUCCACCAACUUAACAAGCUAUAGGUAUAGAUACCUAUCUAUGUAAUAUCAGCGUUGAAAAUAUUUCACGAAAAAAAAUAAUAAUAAUAAUAAUAAUAAUAAUUAUAAUUUAAAAGAAGUGUCUGAUAUUAAACUUAGCCACAAUGGAGUCGCAAAUAAUUAAUAAUAAAUAAUAUUUUACGUUUUA